AUGAAUUAUGAUAUGGAGUAUGAGAGACUUAUGAUGCAUCACUCACCAAGGGGGGUGUAUUCGUGGCCUUGCAAGGAGAAGAAAAGUUGCAACUUCAAGAGGGAUUAUCUGAAGAUUAUAAUGAACCUACUAGUGGUUGAUGAGGAAGUAAGUAUGAGUGGUGUGGAUGGUGAAGUAAUGUCUCCACACAAUGUUGAUGUGGUUGAUGUUGUAGAGGUGCAAGAAAAAAAUAUGGAGACAAAAAUGGGAAGGGGAAUGAGAAACAAAAUUCCAUCAACAAUAUAUAAGGAUUUUGUCACUCAUAUCAUUUGGAAAGUAAACUCCUCAAAAAUUGUGACAGUAGGGAAAGAACUUACAAAUUUUAGGGAAGUCAUAAAUGAUUUUGGUUGGCGUGCUGCAAUGGCCAACGAGAUAUAA